AUGGGGGAUCAGUGGAACUACAACUACCCACCACCAACUGUUCCCAACUAUAAUUACCCUCCUGCUGCAAACCAUCCCCAAUUCAACCAGUACAACCAGUGGCCCCAACAGCAGUACCAACCACUCGGAAAUCAGCCCUACCCUUAUCAGCCUGUCUCCAGUUAUCCACCGCCGGUAGCCUACAACGUGCCCCCGCCUGUCCCUCAGUCAAACUUCGCCGCUUACGGCAACUACCCUCCUCAGUUUGAACAGUAUCAGGGGGCACCUCCUCCUAACGAUUACGUCAAGGAGCUAGAGAACUACAGGUACAUCAAGGCGAAAAUUAAUGACGUUGAUGGUGAUAUAGAAGGCAAGGCUCCUAGUAGAUCUACAGACAGUUUCAGAAAAUCACGAUCUCCGAGCCCUAAAAGUUGCAGGACUCGACGCAGAUCGAGAAGCAGGAGUGGGGGCCGCAGGAGGUCGAGGGAGCGCAAUGGCAGGAGCUCAAGUUAUAGCAGCAGGCACAGCAGGAGUCCUGGCAGGAGUCGAAGCAGGGGGAGGUCUAGAGAUAGAGAAAGACGUAGAAGCAGAAGUAGGGAACGAAGUCCCAGAAACAACAGCAGCCUCAGAUCGAAGAGAGGAAGCACUGGUUCCUCCUACUCUGUCUCAACUUCUUCUUCUUCUCGCCCCAGGUCUUCCCACUCGGACAGAACGGCGCCCGAGUUGAAAGCGACCGAGAGGGACCAGCUGCUCUCCAAAUGGAGGAGCAACUAUUGCAGCACGGAAGAACAGCUCACCGAUAGGCUGGAAGAGCUGGCAGAACUCAGUGUGGAUGAUAUCGUCGAGAGGGAGAAAAGUAUUUGGACUAGAUCUACCCCGGCCGAGCUUUUUUACGAACGGAGCGAAAACAACAUAAGAUUGGUGACGGCAACCCCAAAACUAGAAGCACUUUGUAAAGAAUUCAAUGAAACGCUCGUUACAAGGGCGAGAAAAAUUAAUGCUACCAAAGAAAAGUACGAACCUCCUCCUAGAAAAAAUAGGGCGAGGCUAUGCAAACACAAGACUGAGUCUCAUAGCAGUUCUGAGAGUUCUGACGAAGACAGCUUAACUGAUGAAGAGGAUUGCACCAUGGAAGAGUUGCAGAGAAAACAACAACAUCCUGAUAGAUUGCAUCCUGAAAUGUGGUUCAAUGAAAAUGGGGAGAUGAACGACGGCCCUCUAUGCCGGUGCUCGGUGAAAUCUCGAAAAUCCGGUAUCCGGCACGGCAUCUACCCCGGAGAAAUGUUCCUCGAGCCCUGUCAACCUCUCACCAACAACGCGGAGCGGCUGCACCACUAUCGCAUCACCAUAUCGCCACCCACCAACUUUCUGGUGAAGACGCCGACCAUAAUUCACCACGACGAGCACGAAUUCAUCUUCGAGGGAUUUUCUUUGCUGUCGCAUUUCCCCUUGGAGAAGUUGCCCAGCUGUCGCGUCAUCCGGUUCAAUAUCGAAUACACCAUCUUGUCGAUAGAGGAAAAGAUUCCGGAGAACUUUACUGUCUUAGAGCUGGAUUUAUUCACGGAGUAUCUGUUCCAAGAGGUGUUGGAACUGGUUGACCUCGACCUCAGGGCGGCCGGGCAGAAAGACGGCUGUCCCCAGUUCCAUUUCUUGCCCCGCUUCGUCCGUGAGCUGCCCGACAACGGCAAAGAGGUCCUCUGCAUGAAGGAGGUGCUUAAGUACCUGCUGGCCAGCUCGCAACCCCUGAUCGAAGCGGACCAGCUGGGCCACAUGAUCGAGAUGAGCCAGUACGAGUGGCAGAGUUUCGCCGACGAAAUAAAGGGAAUGGUGGUUACUUAUCCUGGAAAGAAACCUUGUUCUGUCAGAGUAGACCAGUUGGAUAGGAACAUUGAGCUGCAAAAGGAGGGGGAGCACAUGUUUCCGGAAAUCGUACACUUUGGCAUCAGGCCACCUCAGCUCAGCUAUGCUGGCAAUCCUGAGUACCAGAAAGCUUGGAGGGACUACGUGAAAUUCAGGCAUCUGUUGGCCAACAUGUCGAAACCCACGUACGAGGACAAGAGGAAGCUGGAGGCGAAGGAGAACAAGUUGCAGGAGAUGCGCACUCAGGGGAAGAUGAAGAGAGACGUGACGGUGGCCGUGUCUGCGAACGGGUUCUACAAAACCGGGAUCAUGUGUGACAUCAUUCAGCAUGCCAUGCUGAUUCCGGUGCUGGUGUGCCACCUGCGCUUCCACCACUCCCUCAACGUGCUCGAACAGUCGAUCGGGUACACGUUCGAGAACAGGGCGCUGCUGCAACUGGCCCUCACCCACCCCUCCUACAGGGAGAACUUCGGCACCAAUCCCGAUCAUGCGCGGAACAGCCUCACGAAUUGUGGCAUCCGGCAACCGGAAUACGGGGACAGGAGGAUACAUUACAUGAAUACGAGGAAGAGAGGUAUCAACACCCUCAUAAAUAUCAUGUCUCGUUUUGGAAAACAACAUGAAACUGAAUCGAACAUCACUCAUAAUGAGCGUUUGGAAUUUUUGGGCGAUGCAGUUGUGGAAUUUUUGUCAUCUAUUCACCUAUUUUUCUCUUUUCCCGACCUGGAAGAAGGUGGUCUCGCCACCUACAGGGCUGCCAUAGUGCAAAACCAGCAUCUGUCAGUACUGGCGAAAAUACUAAAGUUGGACCAGUUUAUGUUAUACGCUCACGGCAGCGAUUUGUGCCAUGAUUUGGAGUUGAGGCAUGCCAUGGCCAACUGCUUCGAGGCCCUAAUGGGCGCCCUCUUUUUGGACGGAGGAAUAGAGGUGGCAGACCAAGUGUUCUCGAUGACGUUUCUGCACGACAAACCCGAGUUGCACGAGAUUUGGGUAAACAUUCCCGCCCAUCCCCUGCAAGAGCAAGAACCCCUCGGGGACCGCCACUGGAUCGAAAAAUUCGAACUCUUGCAGAGUCUGGUCAAGUUCGAGCAGUCCAUCAACGUCGAGUUCAAUCACAUCAGGCUGCUGGCCAGAGCAUUCACAGAUCGGAGCGUUGGUUAUACCAACCUGACAAUGGGUUCCAAUCAGAGGCUCGAGUUUUUGGGAGACACGGUCUUACAGCUCAUAGCUUCCGAAUAUUUAUACAAGUUUUUCCCAGAACAUCACGAAGGACAUCUAUCGUUAUUGAGGAGUUCGUUGGUGAAUAACAGGACACAAGCGGUUGUCUGUGAUGAUUUGGACAUGUCCAAAUAUGCCGUUUAUAAUAAUCCGAAAGCGGAAUUGAAGACCAAAGACAGGGCCGAUUUGUUGGAAGCCUUCAUUGGGGCCCUUUAUGUCGAUCAAGGUAUGGAAUUUUGUGAAGUAUUCUGCCAAGUGACUCUGUUUCCGAGAUUGCAAGAUUUCAUCAUGAACCAAGAUUGGAACGAUCCAAAAUCCAAAUUGCAACAGUGUUGCUUGACCCUUCGAACGAUGGAUGGCGGGGAACCAGACAUCCCAGUUUAUAAGGUGAUCGAGUGUAAAGGCCCGACAAACACGAGAGUGUACACUGUUGCCGUGUAUUUCAGAGGCAGGAGAUUAGCUAGCGCCAUGGGUCACAGCAUACAACAGGCGGAAAUGAAUGCUGCCAAGAAAGCUCUGGAAAUAUCUCACAAUCUGUUCCCGCAGCUGGACCACCAGAAGCGCGUGAUAGCGAAGAGCAUGAAGAACCAGAAGAAGCGCCGCAGCACCCCGAAGCCCUCGGCCUCCAAGUCGCCCGAAAGUUAUUCCAGGAACAGGUUCCGGAAGUCCGGGUCCGGAUCGAGCAGCAGCGACGAGGAGAACGGGAAAGAUUCCAGCGACGAGGAUAUUCCGAAAAAUAUCGGCGAUGUGGAGAAAAUGUGUAGGAGGAAUCUUGAGAAAGAGGUGGAGGAGAAUGAUGGAAAAUCGGGGGGAAAUGAGGGGGAUGAUGAGGACGAUGAAGGCAUGGUGACAUCCAAAGGGGGAGGACAACUUGAUUCUAGUGAGGGUGAUAUGGUAUCUGGGAUGGGUGAAAAAUUCGAGGAAAAUUCGUAA